CAGGAAGCGGCGGCACUGAUAUCUGUCACACUUUUCAACAAAGUCACUCCACUCUACAGUUGUACAUCCUGUUCCCAAAAUGCCUCGUAUUGAGAAUGACAUCAAACUGGACUUCAAGGAUGUGCUCCUUCGCCCAAAGCGGAGCACCCUCAAGUCAAGGAGUGAGGUGGAUCUGAUGAGGAGCUUCACCUUCAGGAACUCCAAGGGAACCUACAGAGGCAUCCCCAUCAUCGCUGCUAACAUGGACACUGUUGGGACCUUUGAGAUGGCCCUGGCUUUACACCAGUUCACUCUCUUCACCACAAUCCACAAGCAUUACUCUGUGGACGACUGGUUGGAGUUUGCAAAAGAACAUCCUGAAUGCCUGCAGAGUUUAGCGGUCAGCACAGGUACGGGCGACAGUGACUUUGAGAAGAUUUCCACCAUCUUGGCGGCAGUGCCACAGCUGCAGUACGUCUGUGUGGACGUGGCUAACGGCUACUCUGAACACUUUGUCCACUUUGUCAAAGACGUCAGGGAGAAGUUCCCCACACACACUAUAAUGGCAGGAAACGUGGUGACAGGAGAGAUGGUGGAGGAGCUGAUCCUCGCUGGCGCUGACAUCAUCAAAGUAGGCAUCGGACCAGGCUCUGUGUGCACCACCCGUAAGAAGACAGGGGUAGGGUACCCCCAGCUCAGCGCCGUGAUUGAGUGUGCAGAUGCAGCUCACGGUUUGGGUGGCCACAUAAUCUCCGAUGGGGGAUGUACUUGCCCGGGAGAUGUCUCAAAGGCUUUUGGUGCCGGAGCUGACUUUGUGAUGCUGGGUGGCAUGCUGGCAGGCCACUCAGAGAGCGGGGGCGAGGUCAUUGAGAAAAACGGCAAGAAAUACAAGCUGUUCUAUGGAAUGAGCUCCGAAGUGGCGAUGAAGAGGCACGCAGGGGGCGUGGCUGAGUACAGAGCGUCUGAGGGGAAGACAGUGGAAGUUGCUUACAAAGGUCCCGUGGAUGAGACAAUACGAGACAUCCUGGGCGGGGUCCGCUCCACCUGCACCUAUGUUGGGGCGGGCAAGCUGAAGGAGCUGAGCCGCAGGACCACCUUCAUUAGGGUCACCCAGCAGCUCAACACCGUCUUCGGCAAUGACAGCUGAACAUCCGGCUCAAUCUCAUCUCUAAACAAAAGAGAAGUCUGCAACACUGCCUGUCUGACUCCGAAAUGCUGUUUGUAUAUUUUAAAAAGGAACAUACAGCAUCUUUCCCUAUCCUUUUUAGUUUUUUGACAUAAGCCCCUUUGACUUGGAAUUUAAUGCAAUUUUAAUAUAUUAGAUUUGACUUAAUUCACUUGAGCAGAAAUAUUUUUUCAACACACGGACUUUGAGACGCAUUCAAAUUAAAAUCAUUUUCUUCAUGAAGCCACAAAGUGUUACAGGGGUCAGGGUUUCUAAAGAGCCUUAUAUAAGCUAGAGCAGUAAUUCUCCUGCUCUUUGCAUCUCAUCAUUCCAAUACAAGGACCUUAAUUGUUCUUUUCACAUGUAUGCAAAUCUGUGACUGUCUCACAGUUUGUGGCUGUGAACCAUGCCACAUGCCAUAACCGGUACAUACAACAUGUCAUAGCAAACGUCUUAACCUAAAUAUGUAUGCAACUGCUGUGGCUACCUAGGAAAUGGAUUUAUUUUUAUAAAUUCAAUCAUUCCAUCACAAAUUAAGUUUUGCACUUUAAUGAUUUGUAAUUUGAGAUUUCAGAGUCUAAUAUUUAGUAUCAGUUAUUGUCUGAUUGAAAUGUUUUGAAACUGCAGUGUCAUAAUUUUUUCCAGCACCUAUUAGUGCAUAUGUAUCUUAGCAGAUUUGGGAGAAUUUACAGAAGUUAUGUUUCAUUAUUGCCUUUAAAGUAAGUGGUCCUUCCUUGGAAUUGGCCUCAGUUGUUUUACACCCAUCAGUAUUAGGUAUGGUUUCACCUCACUCAGUGUCUGUAGUUACACGACUUCAAGCUGUUGUUACAUGAUCUGUGGGGUUUCAUUUUAUUCAGUCGCAUUAGUGUGAAAAUAUAAAAGGUUGUAAUACACUUCUUUUACUUCACAUUUUAUCCAGUCAAUAAAAACAUUCCACAUCUCCAA